UUAGUAUACAAUGCCUACUUCUACACCCCAACCCUCACAAGCAGCUAGAAGACCAACCCCAAACCCACUUCGAUUAAUUGGUAUCAUCUUGCUAGCUAUAGUUGUUCUUCUGGGUCUUGCUGUGCUCAUUACUUGGCUAGUUGUCAGGCCUAAACGCCUUGUUUACACCAUCGAAAAUAGUUCCAUCAAGGACUACAACUUAACCAAUGAUCACCUCUCUGCCACUUUUGAUUUCACCUUAAGGUCUUACAAUCCCAACAAGAGAGUCUCGUUUUACUAUGAUUCCAUUGAGGCUACAGUCAAUUACAAUGACCAGAUAUUGGCAUUCUCAGCUGUUGAGCCAUUUUACCAGCGCAAACGAAAUGUGACCCGAUUCAACGUGGAGUUCGUUGCUAAAUCCAUGGCACUUCCCAGCAUUGUUUCCAAGGAUUUCUUGCUCGAGAAAGCCACUGGUAAGGUUCAACUGGAUGUUUGGCUCAAGGCAAGGAUAAGGUACAAGGUGGGAGCAUGGAAGUCGAGGCAUAGGACACUGAGGAUUUCGUGUGCUCCAGUGCUGGAGUUCAACAGGUUCAAGAAUUUGAAGAGGACUUACUGUUCUACAGAACUUUGAGGCCAAGCAUCUGCCUCAUGCAUGCGUGUUCAAUGACUAUUUUUCUAUCUAUUGUUUGGGGUUUGAUUUUUUCUUCUAAUUUUUCGGUUACAUUGUUUCAUACAUUCAUUUUCUUGAUGUUACCUGAACUAUAUAUAUGUGUGUGGUCAUUGUUGUGUAUUGCUUUGGAUGUAUUCA